AUGGGGCCUACGGCGAUAGCGCCGGACCUAGUACAAGGACUUGUGCGAGAGACGUUGGAUGCGGAUUUAUCCGAGCAGCUAGAUGAUGCCACAGACAAAGAGACUGCGUUCAUGGAUGACCUGGACACCGACUCCGAUACAAGCACGGAGCAGCGAGAGGUGCUAAUUCCUGCACCUACCGGCGAGCUUACCUUGCAAGCGUUUUGGGCAUCUAACAUUCCAUGGCAUAGACGCCUAAUACUCAUUUCGGCCAGCAUUGCGAUCAACAUUGGACUCCCCUUCAUUAACGGCGUCUUUCUUGGGUUUGGCGAGAUUUUUGCGCGUGCAUUUCUUGCGCCGUGGUUGGGUCUUGCGCCGCCAUUGCUCAACUUCAAUCCCUUUUCUCCAUCUCCAGCCGAUGUGCCGCCACUCUCCUCGAUACCCCCUGGCGGCCUCCGUUCAUGGGCAAAAGGUGCCAAAGAAAAGGCAGCAGACGCACAAGCGAGCGUUGCAGAGCUAUAG